AUGCCUGCUCCUCUGGAGACCUGCCUCUCCGACCUCGACUGCGCCAGCAGCAACAGCAGCAGUGACCUGUCCAGCUUCCUCACGGACGAAGAGGACUGUGCCAGGCUCCAGCCCCUAGCCUCCACCUCGGGGCUGUCCGUGCCAGCCCGCCGAAGUGCGCCCACCAUCUCGAAUAUUCCUGGCGCGCAGGACGAAGAGCAGGAACGGCGGCGCCGACGAGGUCGCACGCGAGUGCGGUCCGAGGCGCUCCUGCACUCCCUGCGAAGGAGCCGUCGGGUCAAGGCCAACGAUCGCGAGCGCAACCGCAUGCACAACCUCAACGCUGCCCUGGACGCGCUGCGCAGCGUGCUGCCCUCGUUUCCCGAUGACACUAAGCUCACCAAGAUUGAGACGCUGCGCUUCGCCUACAACUACAUUUGGGCGCUGGCUGAGACACUGCGCCUGGCAGAUCAAGGGCUCCCCGGGGGCGGUGCCCGGGAGCGCCUCCUGCCUCCUCAGUGUGCCCCCUGUCUGCCUGGCCCCCCCAGCCCUGCCAGUGACGCGGAGUCCUGGGGCUCCGGAGCCGCCUCCUCCCCCUGUGCCACAGUAGCUUCGCCACUCUCUGACCCCAGUAGUCCCUCAGCCUCAGAAGACUUCACCUAUGGCCCCGGCGACCCCCUUUUCUCCUUCCCCGGCCUGCCCAAAGACCUGCUCCACACGACGCCCUGUUUCAUCCCGUACCACUAG